AGGAGCCGCCCGCGAGCGGGAAAACGCUCCUCGCCGAUUGGAGGGAGGCCGCGGCUUGGUCGUUGCUGCCGAAGCUGUCUUGUGCCCGGGUUGAAGUUGGCGGCGCCGGGCAGCGUCUCGCCUCCGCCCCGCUCGCCGUGUUUCGUUUCCUAGGGGAGGCGCGCUGCCUGGAAGAGGAACUCGCCUGAAACCAGAGGCGGGAACCCCGCCGCUCGUGGGGCCGCGCUGUCGUCUUGCGGGUGCGGAAAGGGAACAGCGGCCAUGGACGCCGCGAGUGGCAGAGGGGCGCGGGCCAAGCGGGGGACGCGUCCCGCAGCUCCGCGGAGCCGGGGCGCGGAGAAGGGCGCAGCCCGAAGCCCCGAGCGGGGCCGCGCCGCGGGUAAAAGCCCGAGCGGCGCCGCGACCCUCCGGGCGCCACGCACGGACGGAGCCCACGCCCGGGGCGGCCGCUCGGCGCGGCGAGCCCCCGCCGCCCGGGAGCUGCCGGCGGGCGAGCCGGCGGACGGCGCAGAGGCGCUCCCCGCCCCGCGGAGCAAGGCGCCGGCCGCCAGAGCCCCCGCGGCCCCGCGGAGCGUCGCGGCGGUGCCCGACGGGGCGGUCUCUGCCCCCGCCCGUCGCCCACCGCCGGCGGCGGACGCCUUGCGGCUCCGGGAGGUGCUGUCGCGGCUCAGCCUGGCCCGCGAAGACGUGUCCGAGGCGGCGGCGCUGGUGAACAGGGUGGUCUCGCGCCUGGUCCAGGCUAUCCGCGGUAAGGACAGCUGCUUCAGCUCCAUCGAGCGGCAGAGCGCCGGCAGCUACUACGAGCGCGUCAAGAUAUCUGAACCAAAUGAGUUUGACAUCAUGCUUGUAAUGCCUGUUGCAAGGAUUCAGCUGGAUGAGUCUGAUGAUACUGGAGCCUAUUAUUAUGUAUCAUUCAAAAGAAGUCCAAAAGAAAAGGACUGGGCAAAGUUUUUAGAGGAAGAUGGAAAAUUAUCAGCCUUUAAAAUGCUUCAAGCGUUAAGAGAAAUUAUUAAACAAGAAGUAAAAAAUAUUAAAGGUGUGGAAGUUACUGUGGCAAGGAAAAAGGCUGGAAGCCCUGCAAUAACUCUUCAGAUCAAAAAUCCUCCAUCAGAAAUAUCAGUGGACAUCAUCUUGACUUUGGAGGCUCAGCAGAGCUGGCCCGUCAGCACACAGGGCGGCCUCAAAAUUGAACAGUGGCUGGGAACAAAAGUCAGGAGGGAUUUGAGAUUUAGAUCACUUUAUUUAGUAGCCAAGCAAAACAAAAGAGAAAAAGUUCUAAGAGGGAACACUUGGCGACUCUCCUUCUCGCAUAUCGAAAAGCACAUGAUAAACAACCACGGCAACUCAAAGACAUGUUGUGAAUCCGAUGGACCAAAGUGCUGCAGGAAAGGUUGUCUUAAGCUGAUGAAGUAUCUUCUAGAGCAACUUAAAAUGAAAUAUCCUAAAGAACUGGAAAAAUUCUGUUCGUAUCAUGUCAAAACUGCUUUUCUCCACUCGUGCGUCACGUGGCCAAAUGACUCAGACUGGCACUUGGGAGACCUGGAUCACUGCUUUCAGCAAUGUCUGAGAUUUUUUGUGGAUUGUCUGCAAAAGUCUCAUCUGACUCACUUUUUUAUUCCCCAAUACAACUUGUUCAGCCUAGAAGAUAAGGCAAAACAUCACUUCCUUUCAAGAAAAAUAAGCCAUGAAUUGAACAAUGGAUUCCCAGUAUUUCACGAGAAUUAUUAAGAACACUGUUCACAACAGGUAUCUACUCAUGUUGACUUGCCUAUUUAAAACCAAAAAAUUCUGCACCAUAAACUACUCUUCAGUAGUCUGGUACUACAAAUACCAAAAAAAACCCCGAAC